AUGGCUGAGCUGGAAAUAUACCUCCUCUGGGCCGCUGGCGAAGAGAAGGUCGGUGGAGACGAACGUCUAAACGUCGACAGGAUUGGCAUCGAAGAUCCAGCAACAGGAGAGAUAUUCGCAUUCUGCCAUACUGCAUCCAAAGAAGACGUCGAUUCCACAGUCGCGGCCGCCCACGCCGCAUUCAAAUCUGGCAUUUGGUCUCGAGCAAGCCGUCACCACCGCGCCGAUGUUCUCGAAAAUUGUGCAUCCCUGCUAUCGGAUGCCUUGCCUAAGCUCAUAGCACUGGAGUCGAAGCAAACGGGGAGAGUGAUCAAGGAAAUGCAAGCCCAGGUUCCCUCGCUAGUGAAAUGGUUCAAAUACUACGCCUCCUUACUUCGAGUUGAAGAGCGAUCCGUUCUUCCUACCAGUGGAAAACUGCACAACUUCGUCGACAGGGUUCCACUAGGAGUGGUGGUGCAGAUUACCCCCUUCAACCACCCGCUGCUUAUUGCGGUGAAGAAAGUGGCUCCUGCACUUGCAGCUGGGAAUAGUGUUAUCCUCAAGCCAAGCGAGUUGACACCCCUGACAUCGCUGAUGCUAGGGAAAAUUCUCGCCGAGGCUGGGAUUCCAGCCGGUGUAUUCAGUGUCUUGCCCGGAUUUGGCGCAACAACGGGCAUGGCUCUGGUUUCUCACCAUCUGGUCAGAAAGGUAGAUGUUACUGGGGGGACAUACGCAGGCAAAGCGAUUGGAACAGUCGUGGGCGGCAACCUGGCCAAAUAUACUGCAGAGCUUGGGGGUAAAGCACCUCUAGUCGUAUUCAACGACGCAGAGAUCGACGUUGCUGUUAAUGGCAUUGCAUUUGGAAGCUUUAUCGCGAGUGGACAGACGUGCAUCGCCAGCACAAGGAUCAUUGUGGACAAGAGAAUUGAGAGUCAACUCCUGGAUAAGCUCGUGGCCAAGGUAGAGGCGAUCAAGAGGAGAAUUGGGAAUCCGCAAAAUCCCCAAUCCGUGAUGGGCCCUCUCGUAUCUGGAAAGCAGCUUGCUCAUGUGGAGAGACUUGUCGACAAGUCCAUCGCCGCAGGCAAGGCUGUAGCUCUCACCGGAGCCAGGAGAAUGAUGGGAAAUAGUGCCCUGGAUGGAUCUGAUCUUUCGAAAGGGUACUUCUAUGAACCUACAAUUCUCGUGCCUCCGGAAAGCAAUGAGAGUAUUACCGACUCACCAAUCUGGCGAGAAGAAGCAUUCGGACCAGUGAUUGUCGUUAUUGGUUUCGACACCGAGGAGAACGCUGUGAAUUUAGCGAACGAUACUGAAUUCGGACUCGGAGCUAGUAUCUGGACGAAGGAUCUGUCGAGGGCAUUCCGAGUGUCUGAACAGAUCGAGGCUGGGAUUGUUUGGGUAAACACCCAUCAUCGGAACGAUCCUAGUAGUCCUUGGGGAGGCGUCAAAGCUGCGAGCGGUGUUGGAAGUGAGAAUGGAGUUGACGCAUAUCAUGCCUACACAACGACCAGGAGUACCAUCCUCAAUUUUGCCUCCACUGAGGAAUCUCUUGCUACAGAUGACUGGUUUGGAGAAGAAGCCAAAGACGUUAGAUAUGGCUGA